UCCUGUCGCUCUUGCGCCCAUCGCCCUCGUCCUCCGCAUCUCGCCGCAUCGCAUUGCUGCCUUGCGCUGCCCCUUCGCCUGCCGCACCGAGCCGCAAUCCGCCACACUGUCCUCGCCUUCCAUCAUACAGCACCGUCUCGCGCUGCCAUGGGUGGAAGCACCAGCAAGCUGUCCCCAGAGCUCUUGGUUGAGCUGCAAAAGUCGACUCACUUCGACAAGAAGGAAAUCCAACAGUGGUACCGCGGGUUCAUCAAAGACUGUCCAAAGGGCAGCCUCAACCUCGAGCAGUUCAAGGAAAUGUACAAGCAAUACUUCCCGUUUGGCGACUCAUCGACAUUCGCGGAGCUGAUGUUUGCCGUCUUUGACGAGAACCAGGACCGCCUCAUCGACUUUAAAGAGUUUCUGACAGCGCUCUCGAUUACGUCCAAGGGACAGAUGGACGAAAAGCUCCAAUGGGCCUUCCGGCUGUACGAUCAAAACAACGACGGCUACAUCAGCUAUGACGAGAUGCUCGUGGUCGUGGGCUCGAUCUACAAGAUGAUGGGCGGAGUAACAAAGCUCUCUUCCGAGGAGGACACCCCAGAGAAGCGCGUCCGAAAUAUAUUCAGGCUGAUGGGUGUGAGCCCAGAUGGACAAAUCUCGAUACAGGAGUUUCAUAAGGGCGCGAAAGAGGACGAGACCAUUCUCCAGUCACUGCAGCUGUUCAACGGGCUAGUCUAGCAAUCGUUCACAGCUCGAGCAAGAACAAACAGAGCACCCCGAACGCUAUAGAUUGAAUGAAUGCAUUGAGAUGCCCUGGGGCACUCCUUAGAGAUCCUGUGUGGAUUCGACACCCGCACCGGCAUUCCUUCGCAUCAACCGCUGCCUUCAACACAAUGACCCGUGGCGCACAACACCACUGCAGCCAUGCGAUUGUUUCGGUUAAGUUGCUGGCUCGAGGGCACAGUCUGGAAUACACCUCGGUUGAUCUGCUGUGGCAACAAUCGACUGACGA